CAACGACGACCUAGAUCGUGGAUGAAUCGAUGCACUUGAGUCCUUAUCUUCUGUGCUAUGCAAGAGUGUCUCUAAUCUGUUAUUUUUGUUUUUGUUACACAAAUAGUCAAGUUAUCAUGUGAUAGGAUGAGGACUGAAACUACCGAAACUCAGUUUCUAUAAGUUAAAGGUAUUUUUUUUCUCAAAUUUUCUUACCAGUUGGAAAAACAGUCGGUAAGCGGAACGGAGCAGCUUUGAAAUUUUUCUGUCUGUGGAAGCAUAUCAAAACUCUAAGGCAUAACUGUGCGUAUAACUCUCACGAAUUAUGGAUUUACCAAAUGAUCCUUUACAACCAAUUCCAUGGACACAAAUGGAGGGACUUUCGGAGAAAUUACUCGCUGACGCGCCCUAUUCUCUUGUAAUGCACGGGACAAUACGAAUGGCACUCAGAUGGAGGGACACCGAAGCUUGCCAGAGGAUCACGGUAUACAGCACCAAUAAUCGCUUGGAUGAUGCUGGAAUCGUCGGAAUUUAUAAGAAGCCGGAUUCCAAAAACUACAGGAUAACUCUUUAUUGCUUCAGCGAGGACACGUCGGUUUUGCAAAACGCAUUAUUGAAGACGCAGAGGUUUGACUGGAAUUCGCCUGAUACCACGUUGUUUUUCUCCGCCAUACCCGAAAAGCUGAUGCCAGUCUUAGAGAGUACCUUACCUCAGCGUAACUGUAAAUUCGAAUUUAAAUGCAAUACAACUUACAAAUGGAGAACUCCUGAUCAGCUAGAUUCGUGUGACUACACGUGUCCUCCCGAUGUCCGGUUGGCGCCAUUGAGUCUGGAGUACGUAAAACUGGUCCAAUCCCACUGGUUCGACGACGUCCCUGAUGCGGCCGAUUACAUUACCACCCUCAUAACGCACAACCAGAGCAUGGGCGCCUACUCGCGCUCCACUGGCGAGCUCUGCGCUUUCGUCCUGUUCAGCGAGUUCUGCACCAUGACCAUCCUCCACACGAUGGAGGAGCAUCGCAGGAAAGGGUACGCGCAGCUCAUCAUCAACGCCAUUUGCCAGCGGUUACUCGCCGAGGGGCUCAUCGUUGGUGCUACCGUCAUCGAGGGCAACACGGCGUCCCUCAAGUUGUUCGAAUUACUCGGGUUCAAUACGAGUCGGGACUUUUUCCUCUACACCCUCGCGACACCGUUGACCCCAGGACAGGAAGAAGUGACGUGUAAACAAAUAAAAUAUUGAGGCGUUUCUGACAAGCUGUGAUGAAAAACUAAUUUUACAAAUUUGAUAGGUAUUAUGUGUUAUGCAAGAUCAAAAUAAACAUUAAAAUUGUGUAUCACUUGCAUGUAUGGAUUAUCGUAGUAAUUUCUGGGGGGCCGUCUACUUUUAUAUCAUUGCAGCUUUGAUGAAGUUGCAAUAAUAUGGUGCGGACGGCACUAAGAAUAAACAUACUCUUGACCAGAUGCCAGUGUGCCCCAGGUAGAGUUGUGAUGGGGGACGCGGGGCGUACCACAGCGUAAUGGAUAAUGUGGAAAGAAGUAGUUGCUUGUAUGUAAGUAUUACUGAUAUGCGGGCCUAACUUAGCAUGACAGAUGCGCAAAAAAGUUAGGUACCUACAACGCUAAAGGACCAAAUCCGUCUUGUGUCUUUGAGGCAAACCGUUUUUUACCGUGAAUGUUUCUUCUUCCACGUUUUCUUGUGAAUUUGUAUAUAGCAGCCCAAAAAAUACAUGAAAACACACCAGA